AUGAUUAUCAGUGCUCGAAAACGAGUGUCACGAAUUUGUAACGCCUUGGCUUUCAUUUUUUCGAGAAUGCCUGAUAUAUGCAAAAUGGGAUCAGUGGAUUCUUUAGUUGAUGAUUUUGUACAGCAAAAUCCUGCGAGGAAAAUUGUGUUAAUUACGAGUGGUGGUACUAGAGUACCAUUAGAAAAGAAGAUGGUUCGAUUUAUUGAUAAUUUUUCUAUGGGAACACGAGGUGCUGCUAGUGCCGAGUAUUUUCUAUUGAAAGGCUAUGCUGUGAUAUUUUUUCAUCGAGACAAUUCUCUGAAACCCUUCAAGCGGAAGUUCUGUGACAUAUUUGAUCAUUUAGUUGUGAUUCGAAAUAUGCCUGGCUUAGUAGAAGCGUUGACCUUGAACAGUGAACUUUCUGAUCGACUUUUAAUGCUGUCAUUCGUCGAUGUAUCCGCAUAUUUGAUGACCCUUGAAAUGAUCUGCUUACGUCUUCGAUUUUUGAGUUCUUCUCUCCUGAUUUAUCUUGCUGCCGCUGUUUCGGAUUUUUAUGUAUCCGAAGAAAAUUUGCCAGAGCACAAAAUCCAGUCAAAUCAAGAAAGUUUGCUAUUGUCGCUCAACAUUGUUCCAAAAAUUUUGCGGAAGCUAGUCAGAGAUAUUGUACCGGAAGCAUUUGUUGUUUCGUUUAAGCUAGAAACCGAUGAAACGAUAUUGGUUAGUAAGGCGCGUCAGGCCCUCCGGAAUUAUGGACACCAGUUAGUAAUUGGAAAUACACUGGAUACACGGAAAGAGCGGGUAAUAUUUGUCAAUAACGGAAACAAAGAAGAGACUAUAAGCUUGAGCGAAGAACAAAAAGCUGCAGGUGUUGAAAUCGAACAGCCGAUUGUUGAUAAACUUGUUGAGAUGCAUGACAAAUUACUUAGCACAAAAUAA